AUGUCGUCCAUCUUUCAGCGUCGCAAGCAGCCGGACCCGGCCUCGCUCUCGGCGUCCAACGACAAUCCGAUUGCAGAGGCAGCCAGCGCCGCCACAUCAUCAGCAUCCCAUCGCAACCCGGCGCAAUCGACAGAUGCCCAGCCAUCCACACUAAGGACCGCGACCAAGCGCCGUCGCAGCCUAGGCAACAUCCUCUCACCCACCCUCUUCCCACGCAGCCCCGACGAGGAGGAUCUCGACCCGCUCCUCACCGCAGACUAUGUCGAGUCCGAGCACAUCGAGGCUUUCCGCGAGGCUCUCGCACAGGACCUCGGCCAGCAGGAGUACCAGCCCACAUCCUCGUCACAGAUCACCGGAUCCUCCAGCUGGAACGUCUUUGGCUACGGCAAGACGCCCAAGUCGCCCUCGCCCGCAGACAACACCCCGGCACCAGCUGCCGCCGCUACCUUGGCGGAGCCCAAGUCGCCGGCCAUGGCAGAGCCGUCCGGAACGCGUGCCUCCAAUCCGCGCAAAGUAGGAAGGAUCGCCGCCGCCUCCGACUUUGCCCCCAUCAACCAAAAGAUCUCGCGCAAGUCCAAGCAAAAGAAGGGCGGCAUCGUCGACUCGGGCGUGCGCGAAGGCUUCGUGUUCCACGCGCUGCGCUGGCCCCUUCUCAUCUUUAUCUUUAUCGUCAUCAGCCUCGAGUUCCUCCUCUACGUCCUCGUUCGUCAGCUCGUCAACCUCAUCGAAUACUCAAUAGCCUGGCGAGGCCAGAAGGGCCAGCUUCGCAAACGCAUGCGUGGCGCCACCGACUACGCGCAGUGGAAGGAAGCCGCUCUCGCCCAGGACGACUUCCUCGGCUACGAAAAGUGGAAGACCGAAGACGGCAGCGGCUUCUACGACUGGAUCCUCGUCAAGAAAGUCAAGUCGUCGCUCAAGAACUUCCGCGACAAGGACGAUGCCGAGAAUCUGCUCGGCGUGCUCGACCUCUGCCUGCGCAACAACUUUGCCGGCACCGAAAACUUUCGCCUCUACUCCGAGACCUAUCUCGGCACCAAGUACCUCGUGGAGAGCUACCUCGCCGAGAUCGAGACCGCGCUCGAGUACAUCCAGCAGACCGACAAGAUCCCGCUCGACACCAAGCGCAGCUUCUACCGCGCCGUCAGCAAGAACCUCGGCCGCAGCGCUCUCUGCCUCUCGGGCGGCGCCAGCUUCGGCUACUACCACAUUGGCGUCGUGCGCGCGCUGCUCGAUGCCAAUCUGCUCCCCAAGGUCGUCACGGGCACCUCGGCGGGCGGCCUCAUCGCCGCGCUCACCUGCACGCGCACCGACGACGAGCUGCGCCGCAUGCUCGUGCCCGCGCUCGCCGACCGCAUCACCGCAUGCGAGGAGCCCUUCUCGGUGUGGGGUCGGCGCGCAUGGGCGACGGGCGCACGCUUCGACACGGUGCAGUGGGCCGAAAAGGCGAGCUUCUUCACGCGCGGCAGCAUGACGUUCAAGGAGGCGUACGAGCGCACGGGCAAGGUGCUCUGCAUCUCGGUCAUCCCCGCCGACCGACACUCGCCCGUCAAGCUGCUCAACUACAUGACGGCGCCCGACUGCGUCAUCUGGAGCGCGUUGCUCGCGUCGGCGGCGGUGCCGGGCAUCAUGAACCCGGUGUGCCUCAUGCAGAAGCGCAAGGGCACGGGAGAGAUCGUGCCGUGGAAUUGGGGCCAUCGCUUCAAGGACGGCAGUCUGCGUGUCGACAUCCCGCUGCAGGACCUGCACGCGCUCUUCAACGUCAACUACCCCAUCGUCAGCCAGGUCAACCCGCACGUGCACCUCUUCCACUUUGGCUCCAAGGGCUCGCCCGGCCGCCCGACUGCACACCGCAAGGGCAAGGGCUGGCGCGGCGGCUUCAUCCUCUCGGCCUCGGAGCGCAUCCUCAAACUCAACCUCUCGAUGAACUUUAAGAUCCUGCGCGACCUCGAUCUGCUGCCCGCCAUCCUCGGCCAGGACUGGUCGAGCGUGUUCCUGCAGCGCUUUGGCGGCGCGGUGACUAUCCUGCCCAAGACGCGCGCGUGGGACUGGGUGCGCAUCCUGUCCGAUCCGGACCGCAAGGAGCUGGCGCGCAUGAUGCGCGUCGGCCAGAGCGUCACCUUUCCCAAGCUGCACAUGAUCGAGAACCGCGUGCGCCUCGAGCGCGCGAUCGAGGAAGGGCGCAAGGCGUGCCGCCGCGCUGCACGCGCGAGCAACGGCAAGGGCGCGCGCUCGCCCGGUGCCAAGGUGCAUCCGCUGCCUACGCUCGACGGCUCGCGCACGAGCGGUGAGAGCGCACGCCGGUCGCACGAGGCGGCACGCCGCGCGAGCGGCGACGAGGCGCCGAGGAGCAUCGCCUCGCUGCCCUCCGACACGGACGGCGAGGACUUCUUUACGAGCAAGGACGUGGCUGGCCUGACCAAGGUGGCGGGCGGCAUGGCUGGGGUGCUGCUCGACUCGGCGGUGGGCACGCCCAACAGCGUCGGCGAUGCACCCUCGCCCCGGGAGGGCGCAAAGCGGCCCAAGCCGUACCCGACCUACUCGCGCUACCUCAUCGAUACGCAAGGUACGGGCUCGCGUCCGGACGGCGGGCGCGACGGGGGCGAGGAGAUCUCGGACCGUGCGGUGCGUGAAUGGCUCGAUCGAAGCCAUGGCCGAGCGGAAGGCGAUGCGGACGCGAAUGGAGAGGACGAGGCGCAGGCACAGAUGCCCUUCCUCUCGGCGGCAACCCACUCGGAAGGCGUCGCGCGCGGCACACACAGGGCGAGCUUUGGCACAGCGCCGCUGCACCACCGACUGCGCAGUCUGCACGGACAUGGCAGCUGGGACGAUCGCAGCCAGGACUUUGGCGACGACGACGAUGCGGAUGCGGCGCUGGACGAGCGUGCCAUCUACGAGAGCAGCGGCGAUGAGUCCGACUAG